AUGCCAAGUUCUGAAGAAAUAAACAUGUCAAAGAUGUCCCUUUUGGAAAUUGAAGAUGAUGAAAGGAGAGAACAGAAUUCGGGUACUCGGCUUAUCGACCGCGACCAGCGCGUGCGCACGAAGCCUAUGCGCGUACUCGUCCUUGGUAUGUGCCGCACAGGAACAUCCUCCAUUCGCCUGGCGCUUCGAAAGCUGGGCUACAAGACUCAUCAUAUGGACGCCGUGAUUGAAGAGGAUCCGACCCAAUUGCCGUACUGGCAGGAAGCUGUCGAAGUUACUUUCUUUCCGGACCAACAACGACAGGUACACCUCCGCGGCCAACCACCCUACGGUCGCGCAGAAUUCGACAAGCUACUCGCCAAUUACGACGCCGUGACCGACUUUCCCUGUGCUUUGUACGCCGAGCAACUCGUCAAAGCGUACCCAGAUGCAAAGGUUGUCUUGACGAACCGAGACUACGACAGCUGGGCACGCAGUAUGGAGAGUACGAUCUGGUGGAUCUUCGGGAGCAAAUUGUCGUACUUCUGCGGUGCCACGAAUCUCGCGCCAUGGCCUCUAGGAGAUUUCACACGCUUCAAUCAUGCGUGUUUCAAAGCACAUAGCAACUCUCAAUACAAGAAUACUCCGGAAGCGAAAGCUGCUUUCGACAGGCAUUACGCACUAGUCAGGAGCAUUGUGCCCAACGACAAUUUGCUUGAGUUUGGACCGAAAUUCGAGUGGGAGCCACUUUGCGAGUUUCUAGGAAAGGACGUGCCGAGCGAGCCGUACCCUUGGGCGAACGAUGGAAAAGCUAUGAAGAAAAGGGUGAGGGGGCUGUGGGCGCUUAUGGCUGUAUAUGCUGGUGGAAGUAUCGGAGCACCAGUGGCUGUCGCGUGGGCUGCAUGGAGAUGGCGGGAGGCCAUAUCUGGCUUCCUUGGUUCGAUACUUCGACGCAAUUGA